GAAGAAGGUCACCGUAUCUCAGACGAUGAACUCAUCAAUUUGACGGUGAAAGAGUUAAACAGGCUGCUGAAGGGCCUGACUCGAGAUCAAGUUGUUAAACUCAAACAACGAAGGCGAACCUUAAAGAAUCGAGGAUAUGCAGCCAAUUGUAGAGAAAAGCGUCUUUCACAAAAAGAGAUAUUGGAAGGUGAAAAAGACAAGUUAAAAGAUGAAGUUGACAGAUUACAGAGAGAAAACGAUGUAGUGAAAAUGGAACUGACUGCUUUACGUUCCAAGUGUCAGGCUUUAGAUCGCUAUGCC